ACCAGGGCACCAGGGACCUGGGACUACGGCACCAGAGACCAAGGACCAGGGAUCCAUGUCACCCGCGCUGCUGCUUUUGCUGCUUGUCCUCGGCUCAGGAUAUUAUGUCGCUGGGCUGGAUCGCAAUGGCACAGACUUUAGAAAAGGUGGGCUGUUGUUGCCCGGGACCCACAGCAAUGGGGACUUCCAGGUUACCACAAGGAGUGAGGUGCUGUCCCCUGCCAGUGCCACGCCUUCAGCCAAUGAGCCACCCUUGGGAGCUGAGGAGGACUAUUCAGAAGAAGAUGAUGCAGAGCCAGGCACUGUGGGCUACAUCGUGGAUGACUCCGUCAGAGUUGAACAGGUAGUGAAACCCAAGAAGAACAAGACAGAAAGUGAAAAGACUUCAGAUAAACCCAAAAGAAAGAAAAAGGGCAACAAAAAUGGAAAAAGUAGAAGAAACAAGAAGAAGAAAAAUCCCUGUGCUGCAGAGUUUCAAAACUUCUGUAUUCAUGGAGAAUGCAAAUACCUAGAGAACAUGGAUAGAGUGACCUGCCAAUGUGAUCAGGAUUACUUUGGUGAACGGUGUGGAGAAAAAUCCAUGAAGACUCACAGGAUCGCUGGCCAUGACUUGUCCAAAAUCGCCUUGGCGGCCAUCACUGCUUUUGUCUCUGCCGUGAGCCUUACAGCCAUCGCGGUGGUGGUCACAGCCCAGAUUCGGAAGCGAUACUUCAGGGAAUAUGCAGGUGAAGAAGAACAAAAGAAACUGCGACAAGAAAAUGGCACUGCACACGGCAUGGCGUAACCGAGCACAAUGCAGGACAUCAGGCCGGAGUCAUCGCCACCUUCUCGGAGUAAAUGAUGAGCUGGUCUCCUUUCAGUGAAGAAAAGUGAAACUGUUGGUGUUUUUUUUUUUUUUUCACUUUUUGUGCUAAGUCUUAU